GGCGAAGGGAUUUAAGAGAGACUGGUGACCCAAACUCCGGGCGUAAGAGCACGGAGGGGGAGGGGCUCGGGCUUUUUUGCGCCACCCCCGCCGCGCGCCGGUCCCGGGCUUGAGAAUUCGCCUCAGAUUGGCAGGCAGGGCCGCGCGCUGGGAGGGCACGGCUUGGAGUCCUGGCCCUGCCCACUACAGAUCUUGUGCAAGCCGCCGAAGGUAUCCGAUCCCCAUUUUCUGCAUCCGUACAAUGGAAAUCCUAAUGCUUUCACGGCGAUGGUUGUGAGCUACUUCGGAGCUAACGUCUAAGAAAUCUGUGAUCUGCAAAAAAAUCUGCAGCUCUGGUUUUCUCCAUCUGGCUGGCAAGUCCUUUCUGUGCAAAUGGGACAGACUCACGAGGAAGCAAGGUGAAGGGCUGAGGACCCUGAAGGGGCCAGCUGCUCUGCUUUGUGCCUGGGCACCUCCACUGCAGGCCUGAGCGCUCCUGCUAGCUUAGGGGUGGAAGCCCACUCAGGCCAACCUUUCACAAAUCUGCUGUAGCCACUGGGUUUCCUCGUCUUCAGGGAGAUGGCAUCUGUUUUUUCAUUCAACUACUAUCUCUAGUGCCUGGAGGAACCCAAAUUGGACCCACAGGAAGUCUCUGUCAAUGACUGCGGACAGAUCCUGUCCCAUCAGUCACAAUCCACUGGGAUUUAUACCCUGACUCAUGGGUCAUAGGGGCUGUGGGAAUGGGGAUGGUGAGUGGGGCUGUGUGACUGUGGAGGAGAUGCCUCAAUUUUGAGUUUGGAAGAAUGGGUAAAGGUUCAUCAGUUUGGAGGGGAGCACUGUGGUGAAGCCCUGCUUUGGGGGCAACAGGCACAUUCUGUCCUCAUUGGGUGGUGUCCCCUGGGCUUGUUCAGAGAAGGAAGCAAUUUCCUUCUAGGAGUUUGAGUCGGUGCUGUGGACAGCUGAGACCCUGCCCAGAGGCAGGGAGUGACCACGUGCCACUGUGUCCUCUAGCCCCUGGGGUGGUGGCUGUGGAAUCGCCAUGCCCUCCUCCGUAAUUCUGGAGAAUACUCUUACAACUGGUCAGUCACCUGUCUGGCUCCCUCAUGCUGCCCCAGACUCUGGGCUUUCUGGGGGGCGAGGGGGCUGAGUUGCUCAUUACCCACAGAGCCCUGUGGGACCUCAGAUGCUGUGGAACAGGAUCAGUGUCUCCUUGUGACUGUCAGGCCCCUCACACUGCUGUUCAUUGCUUGGUUUGAGUGUUACACCAGCCCUGGCCAGAAGCAGACCAGGAGGCAGAAUUUCCAUCUUGGGAGGGAUUUGAGGCUUCCUUAUGAGGGGACAGUAAAAUGCACUUGUUCUAGCUUCUUGGCCAAGAUAGGACUCAGGCCUCUUGGCUUUCAGUCCUUUCCGGCCAAGAGGCCACAGGGAAGUGUGGUUGGGCACCCUCUGACUUGUCCUGGUCUGGAAAAGGAUUGCCUUAUUAUUCAAGGAAAGGCAGCAGGACCCCGGCUGGGGCAGGCGUCUUCUUUCUCAUCUGCAGUCAGGGCAGUGGGGCCCUCUGCCCACUACCCACCCCCGCCUGCCAUCUAAUCCCCAGCUGGAUCGUGUGACCUGCCUGGCAUUCUCCUGGCUGGAAUCUGGCGCUUCUGACAGCAGUUGCUAUAUUGGGGGAGCUGGGCACCGCCCUGGAUGUUCUAGGUCCCCGCCCUCACCCCCUGCUUUGCUCUCAUUAGCUUCAAGGGAGAGUCACAGUGGCAGCUUUGAGAGUUGGACAGCUGGGUCCCUGAAGUGAUCUCUAGGCUCCAGCCCCAACCCGCCACCAUUCCGUGCUGCAGGGACACCAUGGCUCCAGAGGAAGACACUGGAGGGGAAGCCCUAGAGGGCAGUUUCUGGGAGGCUGGCAACUACAGGCGGACGGUGCAGCGGGUGGAAGACGGGCAUCGGCUCUGCGGGGACCUGGUCAGCUGCUUCCAAGAGCGUGCCCGCAUUGAGAAGGCCUAUGCCCAGCAGCUGGCCGACUGGGCCCGAAAGUGGAGGGGCACCGUGGAGAAGGGCCCCCAGUAUGGCACGCUGGAGAAGGCCUGGCACGCCUUCUUCACGGCGGCCGAGCGGCUGAGCGCGCUGCACCUGGAGGUGCGGGAGAAGCUUCAUGGGCAGGACAGUGAGCGGGUGCGUGCCUGGCAGCGGGGGGCCUUCCACCGGCCAGUGUUGGGUGGCUUCCGAGAGAGCAGGGCUGCUGAGGACAGUUUCCGCAAGGCCCAGAAGCCCUGGCUAAAGAGGCUGAAGGAGGUUGAGGCUUCCAAGAAGAGCUACCAUGGAGCCCGAAAGGAGGAGAAGACAGCCCAGACUCGGGAGAGCCACGCGAAGGCAGACAGCGCCGUCUCCCAGGAGCAGCUGCGCAAGCUGCAGGAGCGGGUGGACCGCUGCACCAAGGAGGCCGAGAAGACGAAAACCCAGUAUGAGCAGACACUGGCAGAGCUGCAUCGCUACACCCCGCGCUACAUGGAGGACAUGGAGCAGGCCUUUGAAACCUGCCAGGCCGCUGAGCGCCAGCGGCUUCUCUUCUUUAAGGAUAUGCUGCUCACCUUACACCAGCACCUCGACCUCUCCAGCAGUGAGAAGUUCCAUGAGCUCCACAGAGACCUGCAUAAGGGUAUCGAGGCUGCUAGUGACGAACAGGAUCUGCGCUGGUGGCGCAGUACCCAUGGACCGGGCAUGGCCAUGAACUGGCCACAGUUUGAGGAGUGGUCCUUGGACACACAGAGGACAAUCAGCCGGAAGGAGAAGGGUGGCCGGAGCCCUGAUGAGGUUACUCUGACCAGCAUCGUGCCCACAAGAGAUGGCGCUGUGCCCCUGUCUCAGUCCCCCAGGUCCCCAGGUGGUGGGCAGGAUGAAGAGUGGUCAGAUGAGGAGAGUCCCCGGAAGGCUCCCACUGGGGUGCGGGUGCGGGCGCUCUAUGACUACGCUGGCCAGGAAGCUGAUGAGCUGAGCUUCCGAGCAGGGGAGGAGCUGCUGAAGAUGAGCGAGGAGGAUGAGCAGGGCUGGUGCCAGGGCCAGCUGCAGAGUGGCCGCAUUGGCCUGUACCCUGCCAAUUACGUGGAGUGUGUGGGGGCCUGACUGCCCUGACAGCUCUUCUGCAGUGUUUCUCCACCCAGAGCCAGAGCCCAGCUUCUCCUGGGGCCUGAACCGAUGUGCCCCUGCUGCCUCUCUCUGUCCCUUGAGGAGGGAGGGAGUCCUGGGAGGGGGGGCGUGCCUAGGAAGGGAAGGCCAGCUGAGUCUAGGCUGAGGGUAAGCUGGGAGGUCAGGAGGUCACAGAAGGAUUCAGGGGUACCUGGGCCUCCCCAGUAGUGCUUUGGUCUCCCCAGGAGUCCUGGACCCAAUUCCUGGCCUCUGUGUUUUGGGGCUCCUGGGGUGGGCUUGAGGCGAGUGUAGUUCUGGGCUAGCAACACUCUUUUGUGGCUUGUUCUAGUGUGUAUUAAACUUGAAGAAGAAAAAAGCA